AUGGCCUCUGUUUGCCAGUCGUCCGAGCUUCAAAGCGUGGUUGCUUUGGUGAAAACAAUGACGAAUGCGCAGCUAAAGGAGAUACUGAGAAGUGAGGGGCUCGCUGUUUCUGGAGUGAAAGCUUCACUUCAGCUCCGAAUCAUUGAUUUCAUUGAGAGACUCAACCAAGGAGGACAAAUUGAGCGUUACGAUAACUUGAAGAGAGCCGUGUACGCCACGGCACAUCGAUCAAUGCCGCAGCCUUCAACGCCGCAGUCAUUACCUAGUCACCAAUAUCAGUCUUCUUCAGCUAAUCAACCCUUGCCAACACAACACCGACCAUCGCCAUUGAGCGCACCGAUGGCGUCGCAUGGACUCACUUCUGGUAUCCUCCCGAUGCCAAUCUUCAUGUUUUUACAUUCCGGGAUCAAUUCUCAUUUGCUUCUAGGCCGGUUAAAUUUCAAAGAAAGUCCUUUCUACACUGUGAUCCAGCAGCUCACACCUGUUGUAGAAUGCAAAGUACGCGAACAGACUAGGGACAGUGUAGAACUUAGGGUGGUUCUCAACCAAGAUGUAGCUUCAAGGUUACAGGCCGACCCGAACCUAAGGAUAAUGGUUUACUGUGCUGCAGACACUGGGCUUAAUCAGUAUACGAAAUCGGAUAUUGCCUUCCCUCACCAAGUUGAGCUGAAAGCAAAUCUUGAUGAGGUGAAGGCUAACUUGCGAGGCCUCAAAAACAAACCAGGUACGACGAGACCUGCUGAUGUGACUGACUAUAUUCGCAAGAAACCUGGAUAUCCGAAUCAUAUUGUUAUGACCUAUGCCCUCACUACAAAGGCAAGCAGAUUCUUUGUGCUUGUCAGUCUCGUUCAGCGGCAUCCAGUUGAGGAACUUGUAGCUGAGUUGAAGAUGAGGAAGAUAAUCUCGAAGGACCAAGUACUACGAGAAAUGAAAAGCAGAGCGGAUGACACGGACAUCGUUGCAACAUCUAGUGUUAUGUCAUUAAAGUGUCCUUUAUCUACUCUUCGAAUCGCGGUCCCCUGCCGCUCGGUAAUAUGCACUCAUAAUCAAUGCUUUGAUGCAUUCUCUUUCCUGCAAUUGCAAGAACAGGCCCCAACGUGGUCAUGCCCCGUGUGUUCCAAAGCGACCAGCUUUGAGUCAUUACAAAUCGAUCAGUAUGUUGAUGAUAUACUUCGCUCAACAUCUCCAGAUGUUGAGCAAGUUGUUAUGGAACCAGACGGCAGAUGGUCAAAUCCGAAAGUCGACGACGUUUCAGAAGCUGGUGGAGUUACUCCUGAGUCAGAUGAUGAUGAUCUAAUAGAGAUAAAGGAACUUGGAAGCACGCCCGUUAAACAGGAGUCUCUUCCAGCCGCAAGUUUAUCUCUACAACAGACCCCAGCUCAAUCACGGGAGCCUUCAUCGACAUCAUCUGUAGCUCGUCUGUCAACAAACAAGCGUCCUGCGGCCCAGGUGAUUGACCUUACGGGGAGCGAUGACGAUAAUGACGAUGGUUCCCCCGUAAGACCACCAAAACGGCCAGCUUUGAACUUGCUAAAUCGAUCUUUACCCCGGCAAGAAUUUCAGACUUCAUAUAAUACUGCUCUAGCAAAUGGCAGGGCUGCUCCUCGUGCUGGUCAAACUAGUUCUGAAUCUCCAACCCAAAGAAGUGGCUAUAAUGCAUAA